UCACUCUUUCUCUCCUCAUGGAAACGUGGGUUGCAGCUACGUUUUCAAUUUGUACAAUAAUUGGGGUGUGGUUACUGGUAUGGGGAUGGAGAGUUGUCAACUCGAUCUGGGUGAGGCCAAAGAAAUUAGAGAAGUACUUGAGAGAUCAAGGUCUCGCCGGAAAUUCUUACCGGUUGCUCGUUGGAGACCGGAAGGACAUAUCGGCGAGGAUGGCUCAGGCCAUGUCCAAGCCUAUGAACUUCUCCCAUCGUAUUUUUCCACGUGUUCUCCCUUUCGUUCAUCAAACCAUCCAAAUUUACGGUAAAAAUUCAUUUAUGUGGGAUGGCCUGAUUCCAAGUGUGCUGAUCGUGGAGCCAGAGCAAGUUAAAACAGCUCUACUAUCAGAUGAUAUCCGAAAGCCAAAAAUAAAACCUCUUGUUAAGUUACUUGCUGAUGGACUUGUAAACCAUGAAGGACCAAAAUGGGUUAAACACAGAAAAAUAAUCAAUCCUGCAUUCCAUCUGGAAAAGUUGAAGGACAUGGUACCAGCAUUCUCUCAAUGUUGCAACAAGAUGGUUAACAAAUGGGAGAAAAUGGUCUCUAAAGAGGGACAAUGCGAAUUGAAUGUAAUGCCUUAUCUACAAACUGUGGCUGCUGAUAUGAUUUCUCGAACAGCAUUUGGGAGUAGCUACGAGAAAGGAAAAAUGAUCUUCGAACUUCAGAAACAACUGAGUGCUUUGGUGGUUAAAUCUAUGAUGAUUACCAAUCCUAUAUUGAGGUUUUUUCCCACUAAGUCAAACGAUAAAAUGGUAAAGAUCAAUAAAGAAAUGAAAAUUUUGAUCUCGAGUAUUAUAAAUGAAAGGAAAAAGGAUAUGGAGGCAGGUGAAGCUGCAUGCAAUGAUCUAUUAGGUAUUCUCAUAGAAUCUAAUCUCAACGAAAUUCGACAAAAACAUGGAAACAACAAAGAUGCUGGGAUGAGUAUAGAAGAUGUUAUUGAAGAAUGCAAGCUUUUCUAUCUUGCUGGCCAAGAAACUACAGCUACAUUGCUAGUUUGGACUAUGAUUUUAUUGAGUUCAUACUCGGAUUGGCAAGAACGAGCAAGAGCAGAAGUUUUACAAGUCUUUGGUAACAGAGAGCCAGAUUUUGAUGGUUUAAGUCGCCUAAAAAUUGUAACUAUGAUUUUAAACGAGGUUCUCAGGUUAUACCCACCGGUAAGUAUGCUCGAACGUGUUGUCCAAAAGGAAACAAGACUCGGACAAAUAACUCUACCGGCUGGAGUGAUGGUGAGGUUACCAAUUGUUUUUAUCCAACAGGAUCCUGAGUUAUGGGGUGAAGAUGCCCAUGAAUUCAAACCAGAAAGAUUUUCAGAGGGAGUUUCUAAAGCAACAAAAAAUCAAACCAUUUUCAUCCCAUUUGGUGGGGGUCCUCGAAUAUGCAUCGGACUAAACUUCGCCAUGAUUGAGGCAAAAACGACAUUAUCAAUAAUUCUACGACGUUUCUCAUUUCAGCUUUCUCCAUCAUAUAUUCAUGCUCCAUUCUCAAGUGUGUCAACUCAACCUCAGCAUGGAGCUCAUAUCAUCCUCCACAAACUCGACUAAGUUAUUUAAACAACCAAAAGUGUUGUGAAAUUAAGUUCUCUGCUGUGCGUAAUUUCAAUUCCAUAUCGUCACGGGGCUAUUUCAUUUGCAGGCUUGCUUGGGUUUGUUAAGUCUAUGUUUAUCUAUGUUUAUCAAGUUUGAGUCUGUAUUGUGCCUAAAAUAAGUUUGUUGAGUCUGUAUCUGUAUUUGUUAAACGCGUGUUUGGAUCUUACUUUGUAAAACUUGUUAAACUUAAGUCUGUAUCUUAAAAUGGAAUUAUUAUUAUUCAAUAUUAUAAUAAAAAAGCAACAA